CUUGUCUCACUACAAAGGAAAUGCUGGGCCAUGGGUAGUGGUGUGUUGAGAUACCUAAAGCCAGUCUGACAGGACUGUUAUAAAUGAGACAGACUGCAGCAACGAUUUACACAGCCAAUCAGGACAACAAUUUUCAUUGAAAUGUGCUUUAUUUACAAGUGAAUGAAGCCAUGGCGGGCUAGUCAGUGAAGUGUGACUGUAGACAUUGGAUCAGCUGUUAGUCUAGCUUGAGGUGUUAUUCUGAUGCUGUGAUAAGUCCGACACAUAUGGCUUGGUGUUAACAUUAUGUACAGACUUAUAGAACUAAUGAGUGUCUUCCUGUUGACCACUGUGUACAGACAAAUUUAGAUCACCAACUAUUAUCAGGAGGAUAUGUACCAGUCAGAGGCAGACAACAUCAGCAGACAGCUUUCAUCCACCCAGAGCUCCAACACCUUUGUUUACGUUUGCUCUAAAGACGUUUACUAUAAAAACGGACAUGCCUGUCAAGAGUAUAUAAUCAGCAAUUUAACUGUGGAGGGGAUCUGUGUAAAGUACCCUUAUCAGGAAAUUAGGUAUUGGUCAACAUACAAGGACCCUUUCAAUUGAGGGCAGUAUAUUGGUGACACAACCUGGCUAGAGUACAGAAGACCAGCUUAUUUACCUCUCAAGGAUCAUGGUUUGUAUUAAAUAUACUGACCAUGGUAAUUGAUUGUGGUCAUAUCUGAAGUUGUUGGCAUUAUCAAUAUGAGUCAGGAAAAACGACCGGAUGUGUAUCACCCAAAAUUAGAAUCAAACACAGCAUCGAGAGGUGAAAGUUCUCAUUCCUCCAAUCAAGCCUCUGGAGCUUAUUCAAGUUCUUCCUCUGACUUUCAAUCCCAUCACGGUGGUAGAAGGAAUUCUGGGAAUUACCCUGAUAUUGUUGAUAGUGAUAAUUGUUUUUUACCGUCGGAAAGUUUUAGAGACUUACGAAACACAAUGGAAUCCACAAAUAAUGCAUCAAAUCCAAAUGACAAUAGACCUAGUAAUUCCACUUCUAAUGAUGUACAAGGCCCAAGAGCAGCACCACAGUCACCAGGGGUGGUUAGUGAACAUCGCAGGUCAAUCAGUGCAAUUAUUGAUCACCAAAUGCAGCAAGCAUUAGAACAGAGUGGACAUAAUCACCAGAGGGUCAGCCCUACUCAGGGGCUGUACCCACCUGUUUCUAGCUCCUCUUUGACCACAUCCACCGCAGUGAUGGGUUCCACCCAUAUCAGUACACACGACCUCAGUACAGGCAUUAUCUCAGGGGUAGAUGCCAAUCGUGAGGCCCUCCCCGACAUUUUACACUCCCAUGUUGUACCUUCCCACCAUGCACCCUCGGGUCACCAUGGACAGUCUCAUGGCCAUGUCCCACCAGGAGUUGACCCACGGGUCUAUACCUACCACCAGAGCCAGGGACGGCAUCAAUCAAGACACCACCGUGGUGGACGACCCUCGCGGGAUAGGCGCCGGAGUCGGUCACGAAGUGGAUCACAAACAGAAGAGCCUUGCAAGGCAAGUUGUAUGAACUGCUUAGCUGCAUCUACAUCAUUUCGAUGGAUACUGGUGAUCCUGUCAUUAUUGGGGGUGUGUUGUGUAGUGACUGGCAUUGUUUUAGCGGCACUCCAUGCUGCUGGGAACAGCUUCCUCUUCCUGGCUAUCAUGUUUAUAGGAUUGGGUGUUCUACUUGUUGUUGUGGUGGCUGUGGGAUGGAAAUGCACACCAAGGGGCCAUGAACCCUUACAUGCAUUAUUUGGACUGGGAGACUUUCGUCAUCAACCCAGAGAAAGGCGACACCGUCACCAUGGUCACCAUCGUCGACGAGGGGAGGGUCAAUGGUAUGGAGGUGUGAUGUACCCAGAGUUCCAGUAUCGACGCCCACCACCAUCAUACAACGUGUCUAUGCAGGAGUUUCAGCAUCAGUUAGUAAUGGCUCAGAACCAGCCACGUACCUUUGAUGAUGUGCCAGUGGAGGACUAUAGCUUACCAAGCUCUCCACCUCCCUCAUACCGCUCGCGGGCCAGCACAGUUAGAACUGGCAUACAGAUCACAUUCCCACCAUCCCGAGCGGACCAACCAAACUCUCGUCCCCCAACUUAUCGUUCUCAUGUUGGCACUGACCAGAAUUCACAUGCUCGUCCCUCCCUGCCUCGAGAUGAUGAUGGAAAUGUAGUGACAGGUGGUGACAUUCAGAUAGAGGUUCCAAACAUUAGUGCUAUAAAUAUCAUCAGUACCAGUAAUCCUUCUAACAUAGCCCCGGGCCUUAAUAUGGAGGGCCCCUCGUCAAGCCAACCAGCUGUGUCGCAGGGUCCAUCUACCAGUGCUAUAGACACAACAGGUGCUAGUGGCCAAACAAUAGUGACAGUCACACACACACCUGCUGAGCAGGCACAAAGGACAAAAAUUACAGAUCAACAUACUGAGCAAACGAGUGAGGUUCCUGGAGAGGAUGAAUAUCCAAUGGAAACACCACUUUGACCGCAGCAUUACUUCCAUCUUGUCAUUACUGUCACAUAUCUUAAUUAUAUGGGGAUUAUUUCAACGGUGCACAAGUCAUGCUCUGUAGUAUUACAAGUGAGAGUGGGUAUUACUGAUGAAACAUCAUGCAUCAUUGUACGGCGUAUGGAUUCCGAAGUUUAUCAUGUUGUUGUACGGAGUGUGGAGACAGAAAAAGGAAUUUGUCACUUCAUUGGAGUAUGAAAGCAGUAUUUAUAAAGUAUGUUUGAAGUUUAUUAUUUGUUGUUGUGUUGAGAGUGAAGAUGGAUGUUGAUCAUUUGUCACUAUGUGGAGCAUGAAAGUAUAUUUAUAAAGUGUUAAAACGAUUAUUUUUCAUGGGGAAUUUAUUUUGGUUCAGUUUGAAUGUACUCUUAAUCAACAAAAUGUCCACAAAUUUUAACCUGAUCAAAGUGAACAUGGAUUAUAUAUAGCACUAGUGAAUUAUGUGAUCAAGGCUGAACCACAAAAUCAGGUGUCAACAAAAAAAUACAUUUUCAGGAAACCUUGAAAUUUGAGCCCCACAAAAAAUAUGAUUUCACAGUAUUGGAAGUUGAUCGUUUGUAUGGAGUAUGAAAGCAGUAGCUAUGUUACAGUCAGAUUACAAAGCACACUGUGUGAAGUAGUGUGUACAUUGUUCUUUGUGAACUAGGUUAGAUUGACCUGUUUUUUAUUCUGUUGAUAGAAAUGUUGUGUUGUAGAAGUGACUGUUGUUUAACACAGUUACCUUAUGUUUUAAUCUGAUUUAUAAGAUUUUACCUGUUUUGUCGUGGUUGGUUUUACAUUCUUCAGGACAUGGAAUGUAUUCUGGUAUGAAUCUCUUUACAGUUUUACAUGUGACAACAAUGUUUUAAAUACCUGAACUCUAGUCUGGGUAUAGACACGAAUCACUGACAUCGGCAGUCAGCAUCUUUACAGUCGCCUAUUUUUAUGUGCUUGUUUACCAAGUCCUGUUUUAUCACUGAUAUUGUAUUGAAAUGAGGACCAAAAAUCAUUCGUCAGUUUAAUAGUUGUUAUAACCAAUAGACAUCUACGUUUUAGUGUACAUGAAGAUGGUUGGAAAAUUGCUUCUAAAUAAUGCUGUUAGUGCAAUGGUUUGUCAUACAAAGGAUUGUAAAUAACCAAGAUGGCUAUAAGAUGCUGUUUCAUACAUACCUGUGUGAAGUAUAUUUUUCUAUGUAUUUAUCAAACAUUACCUAUCAUUACCAUUGUCACAGGAAUUCGACAUGUACAAGUCCCAUAAUUGUGAAUCGUUAUGUUUAACAGUAAAUUUCAAUACUGUCAAACUGAGUUAAAUUGCAGCCAGUGUUAAUACUACACUGACAAUGUCCUGUGUCAGUGAUACUACACUGACAAUGUCCUGUGUUAGUAAUACUACACUGACAAUGUCCUGUGUUAGUAAUACUACACUGACAAUGU